AGCUGUAGCUCAGCUGGCGAGGUCUUCCCACCCCCGGGAAGCUCCCUAAGCUGUCGCCUCCGCCGCCGCCUACGCGGCGGCAGCGGCGGCGGCCUUGCUGGUGCCUCCCUCCUCUGCCACCUCCACCCCUGCCUGCUCACUUGCCGGUGCUGUGGAGAAGGCGGCGGCGGCUUUGGCGGCUCCACUAUGGCGGCGGCGGGGAGGGGGGACAGUAGUUUUAAAGUAGACACCUGCCCUUGCCUCAGAGAAGAUCCCCCGUGUGACGGACAAGAACGACCUGCGUAUUUUACAGAUAAUUUUUGUAAACCAUGUGGAGUGGUUCUACAGCAUGAAUCAGAAAGGAUUUCACAUUUUGAGAGUGAAAUACAUGCUCAAAAUGUUAAGUUCUUUCUUCAAAUGCAUGGAGAACAAAACGAAGUGCCUGGUAGGAAAGUGAACAUGCAUGCUGGAAAUUCUCAGGUGUACUCAAGUGGAGAAGUCAACAGAAACAACUUUACUGGCCAGCACAACAUGAGUUUUGACUCCCCAGCUGCUGCUCCAUCUCACUAUGUGGGAAAGAGCCAUUCUCAAACUCAGAACCCAUCACGGGAAGAACAUGGUCAAAUAUCUCCAUCCACAUGCCCACCAAAGAUGGAUGAACCCAAUACUGCUCCUGCACCUCCGACCUUCCUGAAGUCUGUUAUUGUGAAGCCUCCUCCAGCAUAUAGAAUGAGAACCUACGUAUGCCAUAUCUGCAGUAUCACCUUUACAUCUUUACAUAUGUUCCGGUCCCACAUGCAAGGAACUGAACAUCAAAUUAAGAGGGCCCAACAUCUGUGGACCCAUUGGCAGUGUACACAGCUCCUAGAAUCUCAUGUUAUCAAUCAAGUGAAGAAUUCGAAGAAAAUGCAAGAGUCUUGCCAAGCUGAGUGUGGAGAUGACAUCAAAAUGAAGAAAUCUAGAGAACUAGAGCCCACGGGUCAUUUCAGGAAAAUGGAGGAUAAUUACAUGGAAGCCCAAGCCCGUGGAUACAGAGAAAUGGUUGAUUCUAGACCCAGGCAUAAAAUUCUUGAACAAACACUUCCACUUGAAAAUUUCUGGGCACACCCAGGACCAUACAAUGAUUCUAGAGCACUAGAAGAGCAGUUACCUCAGAGUUUACCAGCAGAGUCAACGACAUAUGACUCUUUCCAAGAUGAACUUGAAGAUUACAUCAAAGGGCAGAAGGCCAGAGGCCUCGAUCCCAAUACUAGUUUUAGACGGAUGUCAGAAAGCUAUACGCACAGGGAUCAGAGAUACAGAGAAAAGGUUGAUUCUGAACACAGACAGAGGCCGUGUGAGGAAAGGUUUUCAUUUGAGGCUCCACAGACCUACCAGCAAGAAUACAGUGCCUCCCCAGUGGAGGGCCAAUCUCCUCACUGGUUGCCAUCUCAUUCAAAGAGAAGAAAUGAUGAUUUCCAAAAUGAAUUUGAUGAUUACAACAAGGUGCAGGAAUCUAGAGAAUUCAAGCCAAAGACUUCUUUUAGAAGAAUGGAUAGCUCUUUUGAAACCCAUAAUUACGGAGAAAUGGUUGACAGAAGAUCUAGUCAUACAAUGUUUGAGGAAGGACUCCCAUGUGAGACUUUCCAGACUUACACAGAUCCAUACAGCAGUGCACAAGCAGUAGAAAACAAGUUACCUCAUUGCAUACCAGCUUAUGAAAACCAACCGAGCCUAGAUGCUGAAAGCCACUAUCAGCUUACCACAGAGGAGUUCUCAGAAAUGCCUGUUUCCCUGAGCCUUAGUCAACAAGAAGAUAACCCUGGCUCGUACAAUGUAGACUAUGACAUUUACAAGCAUCUGCCCUCAAAUGACAAUGCCAGUGCCCAUGAAACCAGUCAUAAAAGGCGACGUCAGAAGAGAAGGAGACACCUGGAGGAAGGAAAAGAAAGGCCAGAGAAGGAACAGUCCAAGCAUAAAAGAAAAAGAAGCUAUCAGGAUAAAGAUUUAGACAAAGACAAGAGCAUCGAGCAAAGUAAAGGAGAGGAAGAUAAAGCUGGAGUCAGUUCUGAAAAACCCAAACAUCGCAGAAAGAAAAGAAAACAUGAAACAUCCUCAGAGAAAGAAGAACGUAAGCACAAGAAAGAGAAAAAGAAAUCUGUUGAAGAAAGAACAGAAGAGGAAAUCCUCUGGGAUGAAUCAAUUCUUGGGUUCUGACCCUAUAGUAUACCAAGAAGGGCUAAAAGAACAUGAUACUGAUUUAGAUAAAGACAGGAAUAAGAGAAGAAAUCAAGGAAAGUACAGAAUCAGCACAGAAUUUUAUUUGCGAAAUUGAAAUUGAACAUGAGAAACCAUAUAUAAGACAUCUAAAUCCAGCAUUCAAGGAACUGUUUUGAGGUAAACCUACUCAGAAAUUUUGAACUUUUAGUUUUACUUACAGAAGAGUGAAUAAGAAAACCAGUGGGGGAAAAAUCUGAUGGAAUCAGUGGAGAAGUUUUAGAUAAAAUUGAGUACUUCAGAUGAAGAGAAGUUAAAGUCAGUGUCCAUUAAAGAAAACAGUCUCUCUCUCUGCGUAAGUGUGUAUGUAUAGCUUGUAUAUGUGUAUGUAUAUAUGUGUGUGACCGUGUGUAUGUGUCCUCUGCUCUGCUCUCCUCUCACCUACUUCCCCUCACCCCUCUUUUUCUGUCACUCCCUCCUUUCAAAAUGUAAUUGAAAGAAGAACCACAAAGUCUAAACCUACCCUUCAAAAAGCAAGGACAUAAUACCAAGAAGCAUGAGUGGAGAAGAAACCUGCUGAAGAGAUAGCAGAAGAUUCAGUGUUUUCUACUUUGCAGUUUUGUUACCUUAAGGUUAAAGAAAGGCUAAAAACUUUGGUUUUCUGAAAUUUGUGUUCUUUGUGUAUUUGUACAUGUGUACAGUUAAUCUCUAACAAAAGCCAGAUGAAGUAACAUUAUUCAUUAUGCUUUUUAAAGUCACUUUCUUGACUUUCUAAGAAAGAAAACUUACUCUAUUGCUUAUGUAUAAUAUGGUUUUCUUAAAGUAGAGGUCUUUCUACUUUGUCCAUCAAGUUGUAAUGAAAAUAAGUUGUUUGCUCAUGGAAAUAAUGUACUUAAAAUGGUGAAUUACAAAGCAGUCUACAGCCAUACCACCCUGAAUUUCCCCAAUCUU